CGGCGCGAACAUGAACGUCAAGGACGCAUCAGGCCUCACGCCGCUCCUCGCCGCCGUUUCAAACGAUAAACCAGCGACGGCCAUGGCGCUCAUUAGAAAGGGGGGAGCAGUCCAUGUAACAGAUGCCUCUCGGCAGUCUUGCCUUCACCUUGCCUCCGCUCAGGGUUCUAGUGAGCUAGUUUCCAUGCUGUUACGCUUUGGUGCGCUCAACCUUCGCAACGUGGAACAGAAGACGGCCUUAUAUCUAGCAGCUGAGCACGGUCACCACGAAUGUCUGGAGAUGUUGGCCGCUGCAGGCGCAAACGUUGAGAUCCAAGCGACGGACGGCGGCACUCCCCUGUUGGUCGCCACGGAGGCUCAGUCGGAACCGUGUGUCGAUGCGCUGCUGAAACACGGAGCCGAUCCAAAUGUGGAGUGCCGCGAAUACUGGCCUCCGCUCGCCAUCCAUGCUGCCGCUGUGGGGGAAAACUUCAACAUCCUGCGGCGGCUGGCGGCAGUGACGCGACGGGGCCUGGGCAGCGGGGAGGGGGAGGUGAGCCCCGUGUUCUUAGCGUUGGAGAAGCCCGAGAUGCUGGAGGUCCUGCUGAAGGAGGGCUUCAGCCUCGAGGCCGGCUGGGAAAACUCUGAGUGCCUGGACGAUUACGGAGCAGAUUCCCCGCUGGGCCAGGUCUUGUACCACAUGGUGGACGACCCAGCGUUGAAUCAUAGUCGGUGCAUGAGCCUCCUGAUGCGGGCAGGGGCGCCCCUGACGGAGGAGUGCUGGAGGCUGAGUCUAAUGGACCCGUGCGUGCUGGAACUGCUGCUGGCCCAGAGGUGUGAGAACCAGGGGAAGGGCCCCGGGGCCCGCCCCCUGCUGUCCGGCGAGGAGCUGGAGGCGAUCGUGAGCGCGGCAGAGGAGGACGCCACGGAGGCGGGCUCCUGGCCCUGCUGGAGAGCGGGCUGGACCCCAACGCUCUGCUGGUGCCUGCCUUGUAAGACUUCCUCCACCUCUCUCCACCAGCGUACCAGAGGGUCGUCUUUACAAAGGGGCUUUUUGAUCCUUUCCAGGGCAGUUUUAUUACAUGAUGGGAAACGCCUUUUUUCUUUGGGACCUGACGGACCAAUCUUCAAUGACUCCAAUGAUUCUUAUUCAGUCAAACUUUAUUUAAAGAAAUUCACAAACAAAGGACAACUAAAGCCACAGCUUGUACUCAACCUAGAGCAGGAACAGGGAGCCCAUUUUCUUCCACACAGAGACGGGUGGUGUAGUUUGCGAUGCAAGGCUAGUUCUACAUCAGCGGCAGCCAUCUUUGUUGUUGUUGUUGAAAAUGCCUACAAGGCCACCUUCUGCAUCGUCAUCGUACUAUCCCGCCUCAUAUUAGAUAAACGGUUGUGAUUGGUUGGUCUAUCUUGUACCGGGCAGAAAACAUUUUUUAUGGGAGGGGAGCCAGAACGUAUCUGCAGAGAAACAUGAGCUUGCAGGAUUCGUCUGGUCUCCAGGCUAUAGAGAGGGAGUCAUCAGAUCUAAUGUAAACCAGUCUGCUAGUGGUGCUGGGUUUAGGAUAGUUAUGACAUAGUGUCUAAUCGGGAUCGACCGAUAUGGAUUGUUUAGGUCUGAUACCGAUACCGUUUCUUUUCCAUCAGCCUUAGCCGAUGACCGACACGCCGAUACCGACUUUCUUGAGCCGAUAUUUGGAUACUGCUUUUUGUUCCCUCAAUUUACAUCAUAAAGAUUACACAAUGAUGAUGAUGUAACAAAUGUUACAAGUCUCAAUUUAAAACUGGAACAUUUAUUGAAUAGAUCUUGCCGUGAAAAAAAUCUGUGAAAAUAAAAUCGGCCGAUGCCGGUACACGUUAAAAACGCAAAUAUCGGCCGUACACUAGUGUCUAAUAUCUCCAGGCUCUGGUGAUAGUUUAUACCCCUCUGCUUUGCCCCCCCCCCCCCCCAGUCUGGAGAAAGCCCCCAGCGAGGCGCUCACCUACCUCCUAGAGAUGGUGGACCGGUCCACUCUGGGCUGGCCGCUGAGAGACGUCCUGGAGCAGCGGCAGAAGAUGAAGACCUGGACGCCUCCCGCUCACCUCGAGUGGGUGCCCCCGCUCUUCCACGUGUGUCGGCUGCGGCUGCGGGCCCACCUGGGUCCAGACGUGCUGAUGAGGAGCCCGGCGGUGACCCAGCUGCCCGUUCCUCUUCUUCUCCACGACCACCUGCUGUUUGCAGACAUCAAAGCACCAGGGGACCCCCACUCAGGAUCACCAUCCGAUUAAAAACUGGUCCGGUUUGGUCAUCCGAUCGAUGGACAAUUUGCAAGUGUUCUUAUCUUAUAUUAUAGUAUAAUCUGUUUGGUUUGUGUAUGUAAUGUUAAAAAGGGCUUUUGGUUCAUCUUGUGUGUUAAUAAUAAAUGUGAUAAUUAUUUAUAAAAAAGAAAACGUUCUGCCUCAAGAAAAAUGUUAUGUUAAAAUGUAAACGGUAAACAGGACUGUAUUUGUAUCGAUCCAGAGUAUACUUUGCACUGCUGAUUCACUUUCAAUAAAUAAUCUGUUCAGUAAAACUCGUUCAUCAUUUUUAAGGCAGAAAACGCUUUGCUGCGUUGUUUGUGUUUGGGUCGCUUUCAGACGGAUUCCGUCAGAAAGCAUAUUUGUUUUUAGUCCCGCCUACAAGAUGCUGAUUGGCUGUGAAAAUUCACACCGAGCCCCCCAGCAAUCAGUCACUCAAGUAUCACGCAGAACUCGAACUUGGGGGGGAACUCGCUGUAGAAAAAACGAAUAAAUGUAUACAAAAAUAUUACAUUUCAAAGUAAAUCCGGGGCUGCAUUGGCCUGGCUCCGCCCGCCUAAGUACUUCUGCUCAAUUUUAAUUUCCCUUCAGUACUGGGUCUGGGUCUGCGGUAUAGAGCGGCGAAGUAACGCCCCUUCCGGUAGAGCCCAUGGGACCUAUGAGAUAGAAAAAUAUGAGUGGGUUUCAAUGGAGAGAAAGUAGCCCAUCUUGGAGCCCUCUCAUCCACGAUUAGUACGAUGUCUCCCUCUCCCACAUUACUCCUCUUUUCCAGCCACUUCUGCCUUUCUUGAAGUAGGGGCAAUUAUUCUCUGGAUCAGCGCUUCCAGAAGAUGUCAGAGAUAUACUGCACCUGCCUCCCUCUUCGUUUUGAAUAUAGAUCCUGCUCCUCAUGGAAGGUGUGACUUUGGCUGAACUCAAUGAUCACAGUUUAUGCUCUUCUGAGAUCCUUGGCAGCCAAACGGGUUCCUUUCAAGGUAGAUCUCCAUUUCUGCAUAUGGUUCUCAACUGUCUUGAUUUUCAUAUCUUGACUUUCUGAAGACUGGGCUUGAGACUCAAACGUCUUCCUUGUUACGCUCAGACUUCGAAGCAGCUCCUUCAGCCUCAACAUCCAGGCGACCGCCUUCUACAGACUGUGCCAGUCGGAGUAGUGAUGAGUGAGCUUGAAGGGGGGGGGUCUGUGCUUGAGUCGACAGUCUUUAUAAUGUUCACACUGGUCGUACGCUUCACAUCAGUGUCGUCUUCAGUUAUCUCUCUUGAGAACUCUGAUAGGACAGGCCAGUGAGACUCACUCUUGGCUAGGAAGUCAGGACCUUCAAUCCAGUUCUUACACUUGAUGAAGUGCUCUGCAUUCAAUCCUCUUGAUGCGUGAUCAGCUGGGUAAGAAGCUGUGUUGACAUACUUACAUGGUGCUGGCCUUGUGUUCUCUCUGAUUGUCGACACGUGGUGGUUUCUGUCCAUAGCACAGACUCUUUAAUGUCCAUCCCAAGCUCUCGCUUGAUGAGUGUAUCCAUUUUCACCGCAAUGGUAGCCGCGGUGAGCUUGAAGCGUGUGACUGUGAAUGAUUUAAGCGGCGUCACUCUGGCUUUUCCUAGAAGAAACGAGCAAUGAACUCGACCGUGGCUGUUCUCGACCUGGAGGCAAGUGACGACGCCGUAGCCCUUCUCGCUAGCGUCGGAGAAAUUAUGAAGUUGUGCUGACGUUACUGGACCAAAACACUCUGGCUUGAUGCACCUCCUGACAGAAAAGCUAGCAAACUGGCUCAGAUCAGACAGCCAGGCGAACCAUCUGUUUGCCACAUCUUCUGGAAACUCUUCAUCCCAGGUAAGUUUAAGAGAAGAAUGAACAAAGACAGGAAUCCAAAAGGUUUGUAUACCGAGCUUAAGACCGAGAGGAUACCUGGUGAUUUUCACGUGAGCAUGGAACUUUAAGGAAUCUGAAUCUAUGCACCAGUCCAUUCCAAGGGCCCUUUCCAUGGGUGGUUCAUCCCGGUCCAGGUCUAGAUUUUUGGGCUCAGUCUCAUUCCAUUGCUCACUGUCUCAACCCUACAUCUCAACCCUAACCCUAACCCUUACCCUCAUAGCUCAUGCUCAUUGCUAUCCCUAACCGAUCCCCUACAAAUGGGACAACCCUACCCUGUCAUCAAACCCUACCCUGUGACGUCAUCAUUUGUCGUCGACGGCGUGUAUAUACAGACGCGACGAGUUUGACGCCGGUUCAUUUCACAAUGCCUUCUUCAGCUGCAGUGUUUUCUCUAGCUUGGGUGUUAAACAUCUUUCUGGGGUUGAACGCCAAUCGGAGCAAUCCAAGAAGAAGAAGAGUUUACCAAGGAUGUCUUCGACGCAUGGGAAUGCUUGUGGAUCGGUUUGAGGAAUGUAGAACAGAUGUUCUACAUGCGUUUAGUUGUAGUUAUCCUAGCCACAACAUGCCAAAUACUGACGUAAAUUUCUUGGCUCAACCCCGUUGUAAUACAUCAUGCAAUUUAAAAGAAAUAGCGACACAUGUCUGAAUAGCGACACAUGCAUUGUAUGUAACUACUAAUGCGUUUUUGGUUCAUCCCCCCCCCCCCAAACGAUCUCCAAACAAUUUGGAUCGUUUGGGGAUGGGGAAGGAAACGCCAUGUAUAUCUGGAAUUGUUUUCCCCGCAGUUGCAAGUCGUAAAAACUCAUUUUCAGAGUAAAUGAUGUGAACUUAUUUCCUUUUCCAGACCGAGGGUCCGCACUCCGCAGUACUGCAAGCUGAAUCAGAACGUGCCCAUACUGCGGUUGUGGUUCAACGUCGAGCUUGAGCUGAAACGGGACUUCCGCCUCAGCAGACGAGCCAUGCAUGGUCUGCAGAGGCUUCUACGGAGGGACAUGGACCAUGGUUGGGGUCAGGACCUCGAAGUCCUCAUCUAUGUGUACUGGCUGGCUCAUGGACUUUCGUAUCGGGUUGUAUCCAGCGUGUUCAAUGUGCCAAGAUCCACAGUCCAUCGGAUCGUCCUCAGAGUGGCACACAGCAUAUGGGUCAACCUGAAGCGAGCCAUCUGUUUCCCACACGCAGGAGAGCUUCAGGCAAUUGGGCAAGGAUUUGCCCAGAUUUCAGGGAGCCCUGCCUUCGGCAAUGUUGUGGGCGCAAUAGAUGGCUGCCACGUCAGGAUCACGCCCCCUCUACUGCACAGAAUCGACUAUUUGAAUUACAAAGGGUUCUUUUCGUUAAAUAUGCAGGCCAUUUGUAAUUCUGAUGGUCGAUUUCCUGAUAUAUUUGUUGGCUACCCGGGGUCAGUUCAUGACACAAGAAUAAUGAAAAACAGCAGUUUUUACACGGCAAAACGGUCCCCUCCCCCUGGUUACAUUCUUCUGGGUGAUGGUGGUUAUCCCUGUUUAAAUACGCCCAUCUGCCUAAUAACCCCGUACAAGGAGCCCGUUCGUGGAGAGGUACAGGGGCGUUUUAACUACUACCAUUCAAGGGGGCGCAGCAUCAUUGAACGGGCGUUGGGAAUGAUGAAGACCCGAUGGAGGUCGACCCUUUUCCAUGCCCUGGAGGUUCGGCCGUCUUUUGCCCCACUUGUUAUUGCGUCCUGUGCCUUUCUCCACAAUGUGUGCCUUGAAAAUGGCGACAUGCUAGAGCCAGAUGCGGAUGCUGAACUAGAAAUGCUUGACCCCCAACCUCCCCGUGGCCCCCUAGCAGAUAACCAGACCCCUGGUAAUGUUACAAGAGACACACUGGCUGCCAUUGUCUCGGGCAACGAGCAAGACCCAUUGUAAAGAUGUUUAACCUGAAAUGGUAUGUAUAUUUUGUAAUUGGCAUGUUUAAAUAAAGGAUUUUUUU